AUAGGCAAAAAUAUAAUUCGCCCGAGAUUUAUAGUCGCGCCCUCACAUGCCCCUCCCUCUUCGUAUUGAUAAGAAAAGGGAAAAGAGAGCGCGGGAGAGAGAGGAUAAAUCGAUCGAUCAGAGCACCGAGAUCGAUCGAUGGGAGAAUCCUCCGCAGACUGGGCCGGCAUCGCCUGGACCUUCCUCGCCGAAGUGAGGCGGCGAUCGCCGCUUGUCCAGUGCAUCACCAACUUCGUGUCCAUGGACCUGAUGGCCAACACCCUUCUCGCCGCCGGCGCUUCGCCCGCCAUGCUCCAUUCCCUCCAGGAGCUCCCGGACUACCCUAAUGCUGACGCCCUCUGCGUCAACGUCGGCACCCUUACUGCCGACUGGCUGCCGGCCAUGAAGCUCGCCGCCGAGCUCGCCGCCAGCUCCGGGAGGCCAUGGGUCCUCGACCCGGUGGCCGCUGGGGCUUCGGGUUUCCGGUUGAACGCUUGUAGGGAGCUCGUGGGACUCAAACCCACUGUCAAGGGAAACGGGUCCGAGAUAAUCGCGCUCGCGAAUGCCUCCGUCGGAUUCACCAAGGGUGUCGACAGCUCCCAUGACUCAAAGGAUGCAGUAGAAGCAGCAAAGUCAUUGGCUCAGGCAAGUGAAGCUGUAGUCGCGGUAUCUGGAGCCGUUGACAUAAUUACAGAUGGAAAAAGAGUGGUAGGUGCCUCGAAUGGGGUUCCAAUGAUGCAGAACAUUACAGCAACCGGGUGUUCUGUCACGGCACUCAUUUCUGCCUUUGUUGCUGUUGACCCUUCACGUGCCUUUGAAGCUACAGCCUCGGCAUUAUCUAUAUUUGGCAUUGCUGGUGAGAUUGGAAUGGAGAUGGCAAAAGGUCCAGCUUCAUUGCGCAUGCACUUGAUCGAUUCCUUGUAUGGACUUGAACAAGCCCCAGUUUUUCUUGUGUUAAGAUCUCCGGCAUUUGAUGAGUUUGAGGUGCCACAUAGAGUAUAGGUGGUAUAUUAGCCUCCACUGAGUUGGGUAAGACAUGUCUCCCAAGUGGCUGACUUAAAAAUAUGCAAAAUGCCAUAUUAUAUUGUGAUGAAUAUCAUUGUCCAUAGAAACUUUGCACAAAAGUUCUGUUCUUGAGCAUAACGUUAGUUUUCUGUUCUCAUAA